AUGCCCAUGUCAGUUCACAAGACCAACACCCCCACAUCUCCUCAAACUGCAACCGACAGUAAGGCCGAUUCAGCCAAACACUGUGCCAUCCACAACAAGCCCCAUCCAUUAAAAAAGUGUCGUGGCUUCAGACUGAAACCUAUCGAAGAACGCCAAGCCUAUCUUAAAGAACAAGGAAUCAACUUCAAGUGCUGCUCAUCAUCUUCUCAUAUCGCCCGUGACUGCAAAGCGGAACUCAAGUGUGAAGAGUGCAACAGCAGUAGAAAAGCAGUAGCCAUAUCGCAGCCCUGCAUCCUGGACCACCGCCAUGCAGACCUGCUCCAUCAAAGCCUUCAUCAGAGCAUGGCGGGGAGGAUGAAAUGGAGGAUGUUCCAGAACCCGAAUCUGUUCCUCGCCAUCUCCUUACUGCUGGUCUGCCACUCUAAGGCCUUGUACGUCCUCGCUUCGGAAGUCAAAUCCUUGGAGAAGUUUGCACCAAAACAGUUGAAGAGGGACCUCCAGGAACUCCAGCAGGUGCUCUUGUGUUUCCUGCACAUCAGGGAGCCCCAUAGCAACAUUCCGAAGGACGCCAUGAUGUCGGCCCUGCGUGUCCCUGUGUUUCUCCUUGCCCUUGCCACCGUGGUGGGGUUGACGACCACCAUGAUGAGCCUGACGCUCUGCUUCUCGGUCGAAGAGCGCGCCAGCACCUUCUGGACAGCACACCAGUUCGUGAUCCCUCACUCUCUGUUGUGGCAACAGGCUUCGGAAAUGUCUUUGGCAGGAAAGAAAGUCCUCAUCGUGUAUGCCCACCAGAGUUCUGGUUCUUUCAAUGCUGCUGCCAAAGAUGCUGCUGUCGAGGUUCUGACUGCCAAAGGCUGCACGGUGAAAGUGUCCGACCUCUAUGCCAUCAAGUUUAAAGCCACUGCUACAACGGAGGACAUUCAGGGUGAGGUGAAGAAUGCUGAGCACUUCCGUUAUGCCGACGAGACCAAAGAUGCAUGGGAGAGCGGAAAAUUGGCUGUUGACAUAACUGAGGAGCAAUGCAAGCUUUCAGAGGCUAACCUAAUCAUUUUCCAGUUCCCCAUGUAUUGGUUCAGCAUGCCUGCCAUCCUCAAGGGCUGGAUUGACAGAGUGCUCACGCUUGGUUAUGCUUACUCUGAUGAAAAGCGCUAUGGUCAGGGUAUCUUCAAGGAAAAGAAGGCUAUACUGUCCUUCACUACUGGAUCUACAGAGUCAAUGUUUAGUGCUAAUGGCAUCAAUGGAGACAUGAAUGUCACACUAUGGCCAAUUCAGAAUGGCAUCCUGCACUAUUGCGGUUUCAAUGUUCUGGCACCUCAAAUCUUCUGGGCUCCAUCUACCCUCCCCCGUGAGGCGAGCAACGCCCUUCUCCAGGCCUGGCGCAACCGCCUUGAGGGUCUACUUGACGAGGCCGCCCUGACGUUCACGCCCAUGGACUACUUCGAUGGGGAGGCGGGCUUUCGACUGAAGCCUGAGGUCCAGCAGAAGCAGUCUAGUGAGAAGUUUGGUCUCACUGUGGGCACUCACAUGGGAAUGGCUGUGCCACCCAACAACAUGAUGAGGUCUGGAGUUUGA